GAGGGCGUGAUGUUCAGGCCGGCCAGGCGGCUGAGCCAGGGGAUCCUCUGCGGAGUGUGAAAGUGACAGCUGGGCAGAGGGGAGUCCCGGAGGAGUACACCGCCCCUCCUUGCUCCUGCACAGCCCCAGGCGGCAGCCCGGGCCCCUGCACGCUCCCGCGGGGUUCGGAUCCUGCCCAGCCCCAGGCGCUGCACCCAACCUUUCCUCCCGGUCCCCCGUCCUCAGCUGCCGCGGGGCCCCCGGCUGCCUCCGCCGCCCCGGGGAGCCCCUCUGCCCCCGUGCCCUAUGGAUUGCAGCCGUCCCGUGGGAGGAGGUGCCAUGCCCUGUGGGUGCCCGGGGCCCUGCCAUCGGCUGCACCGGGCAGCGCUGGAGUAACCCCCCGAGCCUUGGAUUGGUGGAGGGAGCGAGGGACGCCCGGGAUCCGGCCCGCCGCGCUGGCGGGAAGGCGGCUCUGCCCCUCACCUAACCCUGCUCCGGCGGGGCGCUGCCCGGCACCAUGGACAGUAUCCUGGAGCCCUUCCCCUCCGAGCGCCUCUUCCCCGGAGGCGGCUCCGGCUUCCUGGACCUGGGCGACCUGAACGAAGCGGAUUUCCUCAGCAAUGUGCAUUUCUCCGAGCAUCUGGAUCAUUUCUCUGAGAACAUGGAGGAUUUCUCCAAUGAACUCUUCAACAGUUUCUUUGAUGAUCCAAUGUUGGCUGAAAAGAACCCUUUACUGGACAUGGACUUGGACCCUCCUACUCCGGGCAUCCAGGCAGAGCACAGCUACUCGCUCAGUGGAGAUUCUGCUCCCCAGAGCCCCCUCAUGCCUAUCAAGACUGAAGAUAAUGCCAAUGACCUGGAGAGUGGAGUGUGGUCCCUUGGGCACAAGCUAUGCUCCAUUAUGGUGAAGCAGGAACAGAACCUGGCUCCAGAACUUCCUGAAUCCCAGCUUGCAGCCAGCUUAGUGCCAGCGCUGAACCUCAACCCACUACAGAGACUGCCAGCACCUGAGGAGACUCCAGUAGAAAUGACUCCAGCACCUGUGAUCAAAGCUGAGCCCAAAGAAGUGAACCAGUUUCUAAAUGUACCAGCAGAUGACUUGGUGCAGAUGCCUCCAACACCUCCCAGCAGCCAUGGCAGUGAUAGUGAUGGAUCCCAGAGUCCGCGGUCCCUGCCUCCCUCCAGCCCAGCCCGGCCAGCUGCUCGCUCUUCCAGUGCAAUCUCCACCUCGCCUCUCCUCACAGCACCACACAAGUUACAAGGGACGUCAGGCCCCCUGCUCUUGACCGAGGAGGAGAAACGCACCCUGAUUGCCGAGGGCUACCCCAUCCCUACCAAGCUGCCCCUCACCAAAGCAGAGGAGAAAGCACUGAAGAGGGUCAGGAGGAAAAUCAAGAAUAAGAUCUCUGCUCAGGAGAGUCGCAGGAAGAAGAAGGAAUAUGUGGAGUGUCUAGAGAAAAAAGUUGAGACUUUCACAUCUGAAAACAAUGAACUGUGGAAAAAAGUGGAGACCUUAGAAAAUGCAAACAGGACUCUGCUCCAGCAAUUACAGAAGCUCCAGGCCCUAGUGGCUGGGAAGGUCUCCAGACCAUAUAAAAUGGCUUCCACACAGACCGGAACCUGCCUAAUGGUACUGGUGCUGUGCUUUGUUCUGGUCCUGGGAUCCAUGAUGCCAUGUCUCCCAGAAUUCUCCUCCACAUCACAGACAGUGAAAGCAACUCCGGCACCAGACAUUUAUACAACCAGUAAAAUUCAGUCCCGGAGCCUCCUGUUCUAUGACGAGGGCGCUGGCUCCGUAGAGGAAGGCUACAGCUCCUUCCUCCCUGUGGAGCAUCCUGUGGGCCGGGAGACGGAUGAAGGGCAAUCUGAGGAGAGGAGACCUCAGGAGCGCAUACUGGGCCACCUGGCCAGGGCCCACGAGACAGCCAAGUACCUGAGCAAAUCCCAGCUGGGGGCCCCGGACCAGAACCAAACUGACCCAACUCUGACUCACCUCAAAGAGCAGAUCCAGGAGAGGGAGGCACGCUCCAGUGACGCAGCUGAAUCUUUGUAGCAGUUGCCGAACCUCAAGGCCUCGUCCCUCUGGAUGCAGACUCCCCUCCUCGCUGAGUGAUUGAGGGGACUUGGUGGGAGAGGACACUGCAUUCAGACACUCCCAUGCUGGUCUUGGGUUCAGCCUGUCACUUCCCCACAGCCCAUGUUAGUGCUGAUCUCUCGGAUGAGAUUCACAGUCACUGCCAGAACCAGGGAUUGUGUCUGCCCAAGCCCUUCUCUCCUCCCUGUGUGAGCAUUGCCUCACCAGUGUGUGUUCACCCUGUUGCUGGGCUGGAGGAGGAGGAGAUCUGUAUGUGACCUCAGAGGUAUCCAACUCAUUCCCCAAAGCCUCCAGAUUCAGGGGGCAGUGCCCAAUUCUGUACCCCUUGCUCAUGUCAGAUGCACCUGAAGGAAAGAGAGCUAAGUUUAUUGCCUAGCUGAGAGGCUAUGGCCAUGGUAACUUUGGGGUUAGUCUCCUAGAGAAUUUGGGAGUGAGAUAAUUUCCUCCCCUCACUCCAUGGCUAAUAUGCUUCUGCCUCAGCUGAGAGAAGACCUACCUUGAUCUAGUUGUCUUUUGAUGGAUUGCCCACGUAACUUCCAUUCUGAUCAUCUGCAGAGAUCAGUGCACAGAUUUUGUGGGGAAGACUCCAAACUCUGAUAAAUUGACUUAAAAUUCAGUCCGCAGCUCUUAGAGAAACCAGAGCUCCCUAAGACAGAGCACGAUUCUCCCUGCCCACUCCCCACAGACCCUUCCUUAUGGAACGAAGUUCUCCGUCGUGUGAUGGUGAGGCCCCAGUAUCCACAAUAAAUGGAAUAAAUGAGCAAAAAGAAGAACAGGAGUACUUGUGGCACCUUAGAGACUAACAAAUUUAUUAGAGCAUAAGCUUUUUUGUUAGUCUCUAAGGUGCCACAAGUACUCCUGUUCUUCUUUUUGCGGAUACAGACUAACACGGCUGCUACUCUGAAACCUGGAAUAAAUGAGGGUCACCAAAGAGAGCUGUGGGUCUCCACUCUCUAGAUGCUGGCACCAAAGUUACCAGGCUCUUCACCCCUUUAACUCCAGGACUUGCUGAAUCUGGUGUUGAAACUGUCUUAUCUCUAGCUCUGUGUCAGAGGCCUCACUCCAACCCAGAGAGGUUCCCCCCUCCCCACAAAAUCUCCCUGUAGCUACCCGGAAAGGCCCUGCUGGAAGAGUUGCAUGUUUCCUUGCUCCUCUUCCUUCAGCUGCCCCUUGUUAAAAGAACUGUUCCAGGCCCAGUGCCUGGAGCCGUCCCUGAGGCCAGACCUGGUCUGGGUUGCCCUACUUUUGUAAAUAGGAGUUACCAUGUCCUUGCCCAUUCUCACUCUCCUCCAGACACUUCUUUGGCUCAUUUUUCUCAACUUCCCCAAAAAUAAUAAUAAUAAAAAGAGGUCCCCUCUCAACACCUUGCUGCUGCCCUUCUCUCCUCCUCUGUCCACCUCCUCCUCCACCCUGAGACUGCAAAUAGGAGGUGACUCCCAAAGGAGGAGGGAUGGGAAGGCUCUCGCUGACUUGUGGACUUCAAGUCAAGGAACAGGAUGGGGCAGGAGGGCUGCCCUCACUUCCCUCUCUUCUCCGUUUUGUUUUGUUUUGUUUGACUCUUGGAGCCACUUGGGACAGACCUGGACACAGCAAACCCCAGCCAUGAUUCCACAUGCACUCUGCCAUGGGCAUUGGAAGAGGAAGAUCCUUCAGAACAACUCUGCUCCAGUCAAGGUCCACCCAGGACCCACUCACCAGACACCCACUGCACCUCCCUUCCUUGUGCCCCACUCCACAGUACAGAACCACUGUCAGGUCUGAGUAUACACUCUUCCCCCACGUCUCCUUACCCAACAAUUCCAUCUGACCGCCCACACGGGCCUUCCAUUCACACCGUUGUACAGAGACCAAGAGCAGAAAUUGUUUGUACAUAAUGAACCUUAUUUUGUAUUAUUGCCGACCCCUUAAGAUAUUGUAUUUUGGAGACUCUCUGAUCUUAUUUUCAGUAUUGUAUUUUAUUAAGAGUUAGUGCGGGCUUGGCCUCUAUGAAUUUCCAUCCUUUUGGGGACUCUUUUUUCCCCAUAUAGCCCAGCAGCUGCCUUUUCCUUUGUUUUGUUUUAAAUCACUUUUUUCCUCCUGUCACUUGCUCUGCUUUCGCUUUGGAGAAGCAAAAUUAAAAAAAAGAUGCAGCAUCA